AUGUCGUACGUGGAGGACAUGGUAAGUGACGUGCUCCGGCGCACGACCAAGUCUGCAGACACAGCAAGAGGAAAUCUAACGGCUCGAGCGGCGACGGCCACUCGGCCCAAGGUGAUGAGCACUUGGGUCUCCGGCCGAGAGCUGAGUGCGAGCCAACCUGCUGAGUAUUUCCGUCGCGCUGCCACGUACGACGGCGAAGGCAUGUCCGAGGAGGCGCCGCCACCGUCUUGCGAUAAUUACCGGUUCUCCUUCGGCAGGCUGUCCUUCCGCCCCGAGUCUAAACAAAACUCAGGCUCUGAAACUAUGCCUUUGUCGGCGUGUGUGCGCUCAGAAGCAGCGCCCCCUGGAACAGGAUCUGACAAUGGGACGCCCAGCGACCGACAAUGCAGCAAGGCGACGGACGUGAAAAACAACGGGAAUGGAGGACACUACGGAGAAGACUACGGGCUGAAGAUCAGCGAGCCGAAGAUUAGCGAGGCUAAAGGAGACGAAGAAGAAGAAAACCGUGUACAGUAUUCCAAAAAUAAGACCGGAACCGGUGAAACCAAUACUGGUAUAACCAAUACUGGUAUAACCAAUACUGGUAUAACCAAGGCUGGUAUAACCAAGGCUGGUGGUUUGUUUCCUGAGUGUGUAUCCCUGGAGGAGGAGUUGUUCCCUGAGGGGAGUCUGCCCCCUGAUGGAGGUUUGACCCCUCAGGUGGGGUUAACCCCUGAAGGGGGGUUGUCUCCAGAAGGAGACUCGGACAAGGACCUAUGUGUCAUUGAUUCUGAGUUGUCGCGGCCGACAACUCCAUUCCGACCUACUCCCGUCUCGGUGACUUCUCGACCGCGCACUCCUUCCCGCACUCCUUCGCGUACACCUUUGCGCACACCCGCGGUCGAGACGCCGAAUUUCUCCCCUCCGCAAGAAGACUUGGGUCGCGGUCCAUCUCGGGACGACGGGCGGCUGGAGGACCCGACAACAUCGCCGGAAGAGGAGGCGGGACUAAGUUCGGGCGAGGACCACAAGAAGAUCACGGCUCGGGCGGUCGCCGCAAAGAAGGUCACCUCGCGCAAUCGGGGGCGCUUGGCUUCGCUUUGGUACGAUAAGUUCAACGAAGAGGUCUUCGAUAAUCGACUCCCAGCCCGGCUCGACAUAUUGUGGAAUCCCCGGUUCACCAACUCCGCUGGUCGAACUGCGUUCCAAGUCCAAACGGGCAAAACGGUGUUUGCUGACAAAGGUGUCUCCGUGGUGGUCACGGGCAAAGCUUGUGAUGGGCCGGCUUGCGAUGGGCCGGCUUGCGAUGGGCCGGCUUGCAAUGGGCCGGCUUGCAAUGGGCCGGCUGGCGACGGGCCGGUUUGUGACGGGCCGGCUGGUGACGGGCCGGCUUGCAAUGGGCCGGAAGGAGCGGAGUGUGUGUCACGUCCUCCUAUGGCGGACGAGUUGGAUGGAGAGCUGCACACGGGGGCGGACGAGGACUGUUUAUUUAAUAGUAACGAGGCAUUGUUCCCGGUGAAGAUUGAGUUGAGUACGAAGCUGGUGACGUCUGUGGACCGACUGCAACGAACGUUGUUGCAUGAGAUGUGUCACGUGGCACAGGUGUGUUUGGACGGCAAAGAUCGCGGGAAGGCGCACGGUCCCGUGUUCAAGAAAUGGGUGGCGGUUGCGUCCCGACGGUAUCCUUCCGUCCCCGUGAGCACACAGCACUCCUACACUCUCGAAGGACCGCAACACCGGUGGCUGUGUCAACACUGCAGGCAACCCUACCAACGCAAGACCAAGACUAUCAACAUCAAGACGCAAGCCUGUAGCUGUGGGGGCGCGCUUGAGUACUUGGGCAAAUUCGACAGCGCCGGUCGCAAGGUGUCCAAAAAGAAAUGCAAUGCGUACCAAGCCUUCUGCAAAAAUAACUACAACCGACUCCUCACGAUUUACAAAGAUCCCAAACUCACCAUGAAGCACCUCGGUACGGAAUGGCAACAGCACAAAUUAUCAUUAGCUUCACAAGGAAUCGAUCUCUGA